UAGCCGGCUCCUCGUGCUGGCGAGUUGUUGGGUGGUUAUAUGCGUAAAUCGCGCGAAGGAACGGCAGCCGCAUCGGCAUAUUCAGUUUCCCAAGCGAAGCGGAAGCGGCGGCAAGCGGGGAAUGCUGACAAUGAGCCACAACAAAUGACAACCGUCGGGCGCUGACAGAACGUGCGUAGAUCACUUCACUAGGCCGCAUAGGCUGCGAUUGUCCCACGGAACCCGCACCUUGCCAUCAGUGGAAGCCGACAGUAACGCCGACAGUUGCCCAGUUCCAGGCGUUUGCCGAUUCAGCCAAUCAGUGUGGUCACCAUGGACAUUGAAGAAUACCGCAAGAGAGGCAAGGAGAUGGUGGACUACAUCGCUGACUACCUGACGAACAUCAGGGAGAGGCGCGUGUUCCCCAACGUCAAGCCGGGCUACAUGCGAGAGCUCGUGCCGGAUCACGCACCCGAAAAGGGAGAGCCGUGGGAAAACAUCUUCAAUGACAUCGAGCGCGUGAUCAUGCCCGGGGUCACUCAUUGGCAGAGCCCGUACAUGCAUGGCUACUUCCCUUCUCUCAAUUCACCACCGUCGCUGUUAGGAGACAUGUUAUCCGAUGGUAUCACCUGCCUCGGCUUCACCUGGGCGGCGAGCCCAGCGAGCACCGAACUCGAGACGAUCGUGCUGGACUGGCUGGCGAAGGCACUUGGACUGCCCGAACACUUCCUGCACUCGAACCAGCACAGCCGAGGCGGCGGCGUCAUCCAGACCACGACCAGCGAGGGCACGCUGGUGGCGCUGCUGGCGGCGAGAUCGGAGAUGAUUCGUCUCCUUCGCCACGAGUACCCGGACACCGACGACUGCGACAUCAACGCGCGCCUAGUGGCCUAUUGCUCGGACCAGGCGCACUCGUCAGUAGAGAAGGCCGGACUCAUCGGCAUGGUGAAGAUGCACUACGUGGAGUCGCACGACGACCUCAGUAUGCGCGGCUGUGCCCUCAAGGAAGCCAUGGACAAGGAUCGGGAAAAGGGACUCAUCCCUUUUUACGUGUGUGCCACUCUCGGGACUACUGGCGCAGUCGCUUUCGACAACCUUCUAGAAGUCGGAGAAAUAUGUGAGCGCUUUUCGGUGUGGCUGCACGUGGACGCGGCCUACGCCGGUUCUUCGUUCAUCUGCCCCGAGUACCGACACUGGUUGCGCGGAAUCGAAUACGCCGACUCGAUCGUCGUCAACACCUCCAAGUGGAUGAUGGUCAACUUCGACUGCAGCUGCCUCUGGGUGAAAAACAGCAGCACAGUUCAUCACGCUUUCAAUGUGGAGCCCUUGUAUCUUCAACACGAGAAUUCAGGUUACGCUGUGGACUUCAUGCACUGGCAAGUGGGUCUGAGUCGUCGCUUCCGCAGCCUCAAGUUGUGGUUUGUCCUGAGGAACUACGGCGUGGCUGGUAUUCAGGACCACAUUCGCAGGGGCGUUCACAUGGCUGAGAUCUUUGAGAGCCUCGUGCAAGCGGACAAGCGCUUUGAGAUUCCCGCCAAGCGCCACCUGGGCGUUGUUGUCUUCAGGCUCAAGGGCCCCAACGCAACCACGGAGAAACUGCUGAAGCGCCUUAACACGGGUGGUAAGCUGCACUGCGUGCCGGCCGCCUUCAAGGGCAAGUACGUGAUCCGCUACGUGGUGACGUCGACGCACACUAACGAGAAGGAUAUCUUACGCGACUGGGAGAUAAUCUCUCAAAUGGCCGGGGAGCUGGCACCACACCGCAUCACUCUCGCCGAGCUCAAGAAGCAGGAUCCCGAAUUCGGUUCGAGCCUGCUGCUGUCCAACAGCCCGAUGACGCCCAAGGUGGUGAACGGCAGCUACGUGGCGCUCUUCGAGGGCGACGAGGCGCUGCGGCAGCUGGUGAGCCGCUACUCGAACAAGUUCUCGCUCACCAGCAAGGAGAGCCCCGAGCUGCGACGCCGCGUGCGCCGCUUCAUGCUCUCCCAGAAGCAGCUCAGCCUCGACUCGCGCAUGGACCUCGUCAACUCGCUCAUCGCCUCCUCCAGGGGCCUCCAAGCAUUAAUAGCCGCCGCCAUCUGUGCAAAAUGUGUGGACGCGGCCGGUGGCAGCGAGGACAGCUGCAAGGACAGCGAGUCCAUCGCCGAGGGAGACGAGGAUUCGGGCGUAACGACGGCCCAGAAGGCCCUGGCUCAGCCUGGCUCGUGCGUCUCCUGCAGUCGCCCGCUGGCCAGAACCGACUCACGACACAGCGAGUGAUGAACCAACCCUGCGGCCCGUGCUAUAGCUUUUGACUUCACAGUAGUGACGUUGCCUCCAUUACCUGUCCGCGUGUUAAUGUACUUGUCCCACCAAAGGGGUUUAGUUAUCUAACUUCCCCUUCUUUACGAGGAGCCACUUAUCACGGAAGCCUUUGUUAUCCGCGCGUUCCUUGUGCGCGCAAGCUCUCGCCUGCGUUCCAACUUCGCCUCGGUGAUCACUAUAAGAAUAUCAUUGCAUAAAGAGCAGAACAUAUUCUAAAAGGAAAACACUGGCGGCAGUAAGUUUCGAAAUUACAGUCCCACGCUCAGAAUUCGAGUGUCUUACCCACUGGGCUGAGCCAACGCAGCCCUGUGCACUCUGAUUUAUGACAUCGUGCUGCUCGGACCGAAAUUUUCAUUGCGAAGGCCGGUGUGACGAAAGCGAUGUCGUCAAAAUCACCGCGGCUUACUCGGGAGCAUCGCCAUUAGGUCCUAUUGCAGUCGGGCGAGGUAGCGUGACGUCGCGUAUCGACACGCACCGGCCUUGUGCUAUCUAAGGAGGCGUUGGCCAAACGUCUCAACGCGCUCGCUCGCCCGGGAGGAGUUCAUAACUCAAAGGACCGUUUAGCGGCGUUCAAUUGGACAUUAAUGCUUUCGCAUUCACAACCCUUAAGAAGUAUUCAGGUGUCCUCGGAUUUUUUUCUCUUGCCGUGAGGGCCCGCGAAUACCGUAGGCUGUCAUGCAUUGUUCCUAACCUGUGGAUAUAAUAGACAAGCGCACCAGUCAAGCUGAAGCGAACAAUCUGCCUGUGUA